UUGAGUGGAAAGCUCUUUGUUCAUUGGUGGUGACUUAUUGAGCUUAUUAGCUGUUGUAUAUCGAAUUCAGAAAAGAAAGAAAGCACUGGCUGAGGAACAAACGGUUGUUGAUCAUGGUAUCCUACGCAGACAAUCCAAAUUAUCUAUUCAUUGAACCCUUCUUGAAAUGGGCUCAGGAGCUGUAUCAGCACAACACUGGGCUGCGCAUCUACAAAAGAUUGACAAACAAUUCCAGAACAGGCUCUUAUUGUGUGUUGACAAAUAACGGCAAGAAAAAGACCGAAGACCCAAUCACAGUUUAUUUGAAAAUUGUUAGAAUAGGACUGGAAACCGCUUCUUUUGAUCUUUAUGAUACAGUGGCAAAGAAGCACAUUUAUUUCGAAGCUAGCAAUGAUAAUUUUGAUUUCAACCAUAGAGCUAUUGAUGAUGAAUUGAUUAAAAAAGUUAGAAGCUAUAGAGAGGCUCCAUAUGAUCAUUCUUCCAUAUUGGAGAGCUCAAUAAGUGCAACUUCAUCACCAGCUCCAUCUUCUCAAUCACCUGUUAUGUCUCCAUCCACAGCGCCAACUGAAGCGCCUCCUACUUCAUCAUCGUCCUCAUCAAAUGGCGGAGCAAGCAAACUUUCAAGAGAGAUUGUUCCUCAAGAUGAAAGUGAAGUUACAUUAUUGAAAAAAGAAUUGGAAAGAACCACAUGUGAACUGUUUAUUUACAAGCUUGAAAGAGAUGCUUUAUUGAGAAAGUUAACCCAACCUACAAAAAAUACAUUCAAAAUAACAGAUUAUAAUGUUAUAAGGCAUUUAACACGCUCAUUAGGCAUAAGAACAUAUUCAGUGGAACAAACUGUGUCAAAGAAGAAAUUUACUUUGAAAGAAUAUAUUUUCGAUGGCUAUUCAUCUGAUCAUUUAAAACGUGCAGUGCAACUGGAAUUUGUACUACUGACUGAAUUAAAUGCGUUACCAGAGAAAUCCAAACAUAUAAAUUAUUUAUUGGAAAAGAGUGAAGAUCUGACUAUAAUUAGACAUUCUCAUUAUUUCUUAUCAGAACCAGCUAUAUUGAAUCUAGAGGAAUUUUCAAUGAACUAUAUGAAGAAAGAUAAAUCAUUAUCUACAGUCAUUAUUACACAAAUAUUGGAGGGUCUUUCAUUUUUGGAUACUAAAUGUGGAAGAAUCCAUGGUAAUAUUGAUGCAAGCUCUGUUGUUAUUGAUUCCACCUGGACUGUUAAAUUGACAAGUUUUGGUCUUUCACAUCCACUUAACACCAAUGUGGAUCCAUUGAGAUUGUUGAAUGGUGAAAAUGAUUUAUUAAUUAAGCAUCCAUAUAUAUUUGAGUUAGUUGAAGAGAAAAGACCAAUAACAAUCAAAUAUGCCAUAGAUAGAUGGAGUCUUGGAUGUUUAUUUUACAAAUUACUAUUUGAUUCUGAUCUUUUCUUGACAUCACCAAGUUAUAAAACACACCCAGCAGUUAUUGUGAGGUUAGUUGAACGUCCAUAUGGUAAAAUAGUGUCAGCAUUCCUCAAUGACUACAUGAAUAAUUUUGCACCUGGACAAUUGUUGGAGGUUGAUUUCUUCAAGAGAUAUCGUAAUCAAAACAUUGGUGCUUAUAUUCAUCAACAACAGCAACAACAGCAACCACAACAGCAACCACAACCACAGAUGCAAACUCAGGCAUCAAUACCACAACAGCAAUGAAACUGGAUGCCAACAUGCCAAUAAAACAGCUAAUAAAAUACAAGUUAAUUAAUGAUUUAAUCUUAUGUAAUUUUCGCUAUCAUGCUUACCAAUCACGUGCCCCAAACCGAACCAAGAAAUUUUCGCGACCAGGCGAUGACAAU